CGCCAAGUGCGCUGGGCUUGCGCAAACUCCACAGGCUGAGAGUUCUGUGUGGCAUGUCAAGGCUCAAUGACACUUGGGUGUGCUUGUGAGACUGCAAUACAGGUGCCGCUGGGGAGUGGCUGACGACAACGGUUGGCUGGUUUUCGGGAUGAUAUCACUCUGUCUUUGUCCGUGGGCGGUCGGACAAGACAAGGCGCAGGUUGUCACCGAGUAUCUGAGAGUGGGGCCGUGGUCGAGAUAUGAUAGCGAUAAAGCGCAAUAUCUCUUAUCGAUGGUGUGUCUAUCGAUAGCGAUAACCAAAAAAAAAGUUCUCGAGAAUCAGCCCCUCCAGCUUGGGACGGCAUCCGAGUACUCUGCGGCGCGAUCUUUCGCAACUCCCAAUCUGUUCGCAAACCCCUAUUCAGUUGACCAAUUGUGCAUUCACGAUGGCUUCCGUUGAGAAGAAGAAGGACCCCAGGUCCUGGCGAGGACUCACACCUCCUCUGGCCGAAUGGAUCCUCGACUUCGUCUCCAGCCAGGGUUUCCAGCGCAUGACGCCCGUCCAGGCAGCAUGUCUCCCGCAGUUUCUUGGGAACAAGGACGUCGUGGUCGAGGCCGUCACCGGCAGCGGCAAGACGCUUGCUUUUCUCCUCCCCAUCGUCCAGAAGCUCAUGCGCCUCGACGAACCGACAAAGCGCGGCCAUGUUUUCUCCAUCAUCGUCUCCCCGACCCGCGAGCUCGCGAUCCAGAUCCACACCGUCCUGCAUUCCCUCGUCGGUUUCCACCCGCCCUCGGCCGAGAUCCUGCCCUGCCUCAAGGGUGACGAGAAGCGUCCCGACACGAAGGUCCCGGUGAUUGUCCCCCAGCUUCUCGUCGGCGGAACGACUACGACACAGCAGGACCUUAGCUUCUUCGUCAGACACUCCCCCAACGUCUUGGUUUCGACGCCGGGCAGACUCGUCGAGCUGCUCGCAUCUCCCCACGUCCGCUGCACACAAUCGUCCUUCGAGCUCUUGGUUCUCGACGAGGCGGAUCGUCUUUUGGACAUGGGCUUCAAGCAGGACAUCCAGAGGGUUUUGGGAUACCUGCCCAAGCAGAGGCGCACGGGUCUGUUCAGCGCUUCGGUCUCGGAAGCGGUCUCACAGAUCAUCACUGUUGGUCUGAGAAACCCCGUCAAGAUUGCAGUGAGGGUAAAGAGUCUCCGAGAUGGAGGGAUUAUCGAGGACCGGAAAACACCCGUCAGCUUGCAAAUGUCCUACCUUGUUACGCCAGCGAGUCAAAAGCUCCCAGCAUUGGCCAAGCUCCUGGAAAACCUGAGCCCGCGACCGCAAAGGAGCAUCGUCUUCCUGUCAACGUGCGCCGCCGUCGACUACUUCCAGCAUCUCCUCCCUACCAUCAUGCCAUCAGGCUUCACAAUAGUUCCUCUCCACGGAAAGCUCCCGCCCAAGGCCAGAGAAAAGAGUUUCUCCAAGUUUGUCAACUCGGUAUCACCAUCCGUCUUGAUUUGCACAGAUAUCGCAGCGAGAGGCCUGGAUAUCCCGCAGGUAGAUUUUGUCUGCCAGGUCGACCCCCCUUCAGAUCCCAAGGUCUUCAUCCACCGCAGUGGACGCGCCGGAAGAGCCGGCAGGAAGGGUCUCUCAGUCGUGUUCCUGCAGCCCGGCCAUGAAGAAGACUACAUCCCCUUCCUGGAGGUCCGCAAGACGCCGAUUUUCCCCCUUACGAAGCCUGAGAUCGUCGUCACCGAGGAAGAGGCCAACGCGGCGUCAGAAAAGUUCCGCGACGUCCUCCGCAGCGACCGGGCCUUCCACGACAAGGCGCAGCGGGCUUUCGUGAGCUGGGUGCGCAGCUACAACGCGCACCUGACGACGUCCAUCUUCCGCACCAAGGACCUCGACUGGACCGACCUAGGCAAGGCGUGGGGCCUGCUGCGCCUGCCGCGGAUGCCCGAGACCAAGAAGUGGGAGGGCGACAAGUGGCUCGGCAACGAGGGCUUCGACUGGGACAACUUCUCGUACAAGGACAAGACGCGCGAGGCGGCUCGGCUGGCGGCGAUGGAGGCGGAGCGCAAUGGCGAGAAGGCGGCGGCGGUGGACGAGGUCAAGCGCAAACGCAAGACCAACGAGGCGUGGAGCAAGCAGGUGGAGGCGGACGACGUGCGGACGGAGCGGCGUGAGAAGAGGAGGCGCAAGAAGGAGGCCGAGCGGAUGGCGACCAUGACGGAGGAGGAGAAGAUUAAGGCCAUGGAGCUGAACGAGAUGAUUGCCGAGAUCAGGAGGAAGAACCAGGCUGCUCAGGCGGCGACGGCGGCGGCGGCUGGCGGGAAGAAGAAGAAGGCGGAGGGCGACGACGAGUUUACGGGGUUUGAUGAUUGAAGCGCUGUGUUAGCGCGUGUGUAAUAUUACGUCUGGUCUCGUUGGAAGACGAGUUGUUGUCCGGGCCGCUGUCACCCCCCGUUGCGGGAUCCCGGCAUGAAUGUGGAGGUUGUGGAGGCGAUACCCCAUCCCGAGAACGAUGCGAAAUCCCCCGAGACCCCCUCCGUUCAUCCGUCCGCCCCGUCCUCGUGUGUCUCGUCGCCGACCUUUCGAUUUUUGUCUUUUGAAGUUUCCACAGCGGAGACAACAAACGAAAAACUCGUGCCUCGGAAAUGACUCACUCUACCUACAGCCUUUGUGAACCACAACCAACAGGAGAAGUCUCAUCAAGUAACA